AUGGUUAUUAUUCGUGCAGAUUCACCACCAAUAACGAUUAAGAGUAAAGUUACGGCUGAUUGGGACAUCAAUGAUACAAUUGUACCACGGAUAUCGGAAAAGGAAUUUGAUGAAUUUUGUGAAUGGGCCGAUGGGCACUGCCGUCUUGUGUACUCCGUGUUAAUUGACGAUGCGAGACGGCAUUCUUCUGGUUGGGCAAUGCGAAAUACCAACAAUCACAACGUCAAUAUCCUCAAGAAAAGCUGCCUCGGUGUUCUACUCUGCUCAGCACGUUGCCGUCUCCCGAAUGGUGAUCGUAUCCACCUUAGACCGGCCAUAUGUGACAAAGCUCGGAGGAAGCAGCAGGGAAAACCUUGUCCAAAUCGUGCUUGUACUGGUCGACUAGAGAUGCUACCUUGCCGAGGGCAUUGCGGUUAUCCAGUUACACACUUCUGGCGACACACAGAAUAUGCAAUCUUUUUCCAAGCAAAAGGUGUUCAUGAUCAUCCCAAACCCGAAGCAAAGGGGUGCAGUGAAACAAAACGCAGCCUCGGUGUUGGCAGAAGGAUUCGUGGUUUGGCUUCACUUUUGGCUCAAGAGGCUGCUCUCAAUACAAAGCUUACAUCUCUUCGAAGAACAAAAGGAAGCACUAAAACAUUAGCAGCUGCACGGAAAAAGUGCGACUAUUGCAGAAUGCUCACCUGCCAGUGUACGCAGAUUAAUCAUAAUUCACUACCAACAACAUUGCACCAAACACCGACCACCCAUUUGCCAUUUUCCAACCUUCCAAUGGGCGUCAGUUGUGGCACAGCAACCAUUCAUGAUGGGCACAGCAAUACUGUGGAGCAAUCACCAAUGUAUGGCUUAUCUGUCCCCAAUUACUUUCCAUCGGCCACUGAUCAGCAACUCACAAAGCCCACCACGCUGCUCGAUAUGGAAAGUGGCACAAUCGCAGCCCUCGACAAUUGGCAGAAUGGUGAUGAUGCAAUUAGCCUCACGAGUAGCAAUGGCACAACAUCGACCACCUUCGAUGAUGCCAAUAUGCACACAUCAACCUCUUCAGCGCUAUACAGUGAAGCAUACUCCUACCCAAUAAUGCACAAUGAUCGCAAUGCCGUCACGGCGAUUUCACCUUCAGCCAGUAGUGAUAAUUGCAGUAUUAACUCCUUCUUUGAUCAACAUUCCUAUGCAAAUUGUGACUUUGCACCCCAGACCGCGUAUCAAAACUACCAAUAUGACUAUCAGAGCGCUAAUGCUAACACCUCAUAUGCAUAUUAUGGUACAACGGAAAUAUACGACGGUAAUAAUUGGGAUGAAACUUCCUAUCAAUACUUCAAUGCUGCCUCCCUCAAUCAGCCUCAGCAGGAAGCUUUUCAGUGCUACGAACAGUAAAAUGUUGAAGAAAGAGUUUUUCAAAAUAAAUCACAAAAGACACAUUCAAUUUGUGUUAUAAUACUGUGAAGUAUUUGGUAGCAAAGACAAGACUAAUAAACCAAUAAGAUACAAAGCAGCUUCUUGGGAGUCGUAAACUAAAAAUUAAACUCAUUUGCAUAUGAAAUCGAUAAAUUAAAAAGACAUUGAUAAACCUCUAAGCUAUGGGCUUAUGUGGUAGUUGAGAUUCAUUUCUUUAAGAUCAUUUGAUUUAUUUGCCAAAUAGUUUAGGUUGUUGGUAAAUUAAAACUAAUCUGAUAGGUAAAGUUUGAUCAGCAAUUCUGAAUGAUAUUUAUUUAAUUAAUCAAGCAAUGAUUAAAGGAUUUUAUCCAGUCUUCCAUGGAAAAAUUAUUCAAUAGAUGGAUUUAAAUGGACGAAAAAGAGCUUGUGACGUCAUUGUUUGCAUUUUUAGGCAAAUAUUUGUCUGCAUUUCUGAAAUCAUUCUCAAAUGGAAAAUAAGAAGUUCUUGUGUGAAUUAUUAUACAUAUAUAUUUUUUUAUUCUUCGAAUGACGAGUUUUCCUAUAUGAAACGGGUAAACUCCUUUUAUUCAGCAUCUUCGUCAAUUAACCUGACAAAAUAUUUGCCAUGAUCCAAUUCAAAUUUAAUUGGCAAUUUAAUUUAAUGGCUACAUUGUGACAAAGUUUACACACGAGAAGAAAAUAAUUUAAAAUCGCAUCACGACCCAAAAUUAAUAUCCAUCAAAAAGCAAUUAAUUACCUCAAUCACUUAUAUGACGUAAAUUUUAUGUAUUAA